CCACGUCACUCUGCCGCCCUCCGAGCCGAGCCGAGCCCGGGCUACCGGCGGCUAAGGGGCGGGGUCGCGCCCCCGCCGCCCGCCGCCCCGCGGGGCCAGACCCUCGGCCCCGAAGCCGCGCCGCUGCCCGGGUCCCCCGCGGGGAGGGGAAGGGCCGACCCCAGCCCGGCGCGCCCCGCCGCGCCUCUCACCUGCCUGCCUGCCGGUGCCCCGCGCCCCCGCAGGAAGUGCCCGCCUCAGUGGAGAGCGGAGGAACUGGCGGAGGUGGGGGAGAGGGGAGGUAACGGCAGGGGGAGCUGGGGUUCCUGUCAUGUGACCCCUCCCCUCGGCUCUCUCGCUGCCCCGCCUGGAGUGGCGGGAGCCGGUCCGAGGAGGGUCGCGUUCGGGUCCUUCGGCUCUUGCGCCCAGGGCCAGGACCUUGAGGCUCGCCCAGCAGCCACCCCACGUCUCUCCCAGGAGGGAGGCCUUGCAACCCCAGACCCCAGAGAUGCUGCGGCAGUGGUCAGUGCAGGGGGGCCAGGCCCCCCAGGAUCCAGAACCCAAGCCGGCAGGCGAGGACCUGUGGGAGCAGGAGAUGGAGCGGCUGUGCUCCUCCCAGGAGCCCCUGCGGAUGCUGCCCUACGCCAUGGUGGACAGGCGCCUCAUCCGGCAGCUGCGGGAGCCCCAGGGGGUGAAGAGCUCCUGGUGGCAGCAGUGGCUUCGCAGGCGGCAGAUCGCAGGACAGCGACUGGGGGAGGCCGCGCGGCAGCUGGCCCAGGGCUGUGGGCUCUGGGAGGGGGCUCUCUACGAGAUCGGGGGCCUCUUCGGCACCGGAAUCCAGUCUUACUUCACCUUCCUCCGCUUCCUGCUGCUUCUUAAUCUGCUGACCCUGCUUCUGAACUCCAGCUUCAUCCUGCUGCCCCUGGUCUGGCGCCACCCCCCCGACCCAGGACCUGCUCUGAACUUCACCCUCCAGUGUCCCAGUGGCAGCCAAGCCCAGACGGGUGUUCCCAAGUUCAACAAUCUACUUUGGAACAUUUUAACUGGCCGGGCCUUCAACAACACCUACCUCUUUUACGGAGCAUAUCGGGCGCCGCCCGAGAGCAGCUCUGCGUACAACAUCCGCCUGGCCUACCUCCUGAGCCCGCUGGCCUGCCUGCUCCUCUGCUUCUGUGGGAUUCUCCAGCGGAUGGUGAAGGGGCUGCCACAGAAGCUGUUCCUGGGCCAGGACUACAGAUCGCCCCUCAGUGCCAAGGUCUUCUCCUCCUGGGACUUUUGCAUCCAGGGCCAGGGGGCAGCCACCAUCAAGAAGCAUGAGAUUAGCAACGAGUUCAAGGUGGAGCUGGAGGAGGGGCGACACUUGCUGCUGGUGCAGCAGCAGACCCGGGCCCAGAGGGUCUGCCACCGGCUCACCUACGUGCGGAUCAAUGUCCUCAUCGGGCUCCUGGUGGUGGGGGCCAUCAGCGCCAUCUUCUGGGCCACCACGUACUCGCAGGACAACAAGGAGGAGUCCCUGUUUCUGCUGCUCCAGUACCUGCCUCCUGGGGUCAUCGCCCUGGUCAACUUUCUCGGCCCCUUGCUGUUUGUUUUCCUGGUCCAGCUGGAGAACUACCCUCCCAACACUGAGGUCAACCUCACCCUCAUCUGGUGCGUGGUGCUGAAGCUGGCCAGCCUGGGAAUGUUCUCCUUCUCGCUGGGCCAGACUGUCUUGUGCCUCGGCAGAAACCAGACCAGCUGCGAGUCCUACGGCUACAACGCCUGUGACUACCAGUGCUGGGAGAACUCGGUGGGGGAGGAGCUGUUCAAGCUCAGCAUCUUCAACUUCCUCCUCACGGUGGCCUUCGCCUUCCUUGUGACGCUGCCUAGGAGGCUGCUGGUGGAGCGGCUCUCGGGCAGGUUCUGGGUCUGGCUGGACCGGGAGGAGUUCCUGGUGCCCAAGAAUGUGCUGGACAUUGUGGAGGGGCAGACGGUCACCUGGAUGGGCCUCUUCUACUGCCCGCUGCUGCCCCUGCUCAACAGCGUCUUCAUCUUCCUCACUUUCUACAUCAAGAAGUACACCCUGCUGAGGAACUCCAGGGCUUCCGUUCGGCGAUUCCGAGCCUCCAGCUCCCUCUUCUUCUUCCAGCUGGUGCUCGUCCUGGGCCUGCUCCUGGCCACCGUGCCCUUGGGCUAUGUGGUCAGCAGCAUCCACUCCUCCUGGAACUGUGGCCUCUUCACCAACUACUCGGCCCCCUGGCAGGUGGUCCCAGAGCUGGUGACCCUCUGGCUCCCGCCCCUCGGCCAGCACAUCCUCCACUACCUGGGCUCCCACGCCUUCAGCCUCCCUCUCCUCAUCCUGCUCAGCCUUGGUCUGACCGUGUGCGUCUCCCAGACCCAAGCCAAUGCAAGAGCCAUCCGGGGGCUCCGGAAGCAGCUGGUGUGGCAAGUCCGGGAGAAGUGGCACCUGGUGGAUGACCUGUCGCGGCUGCUGCCUGAGCCCGGCCUUGGCGACUCUCUGGGGCCUGAGUCCCCUCUCUCCCGAGUCAGAGAACCGGCCAAGCGCAGCCCAGGGCCGGUAGGAGACGGAGGGGACGAGAGCUAGACCCUGGGGAGCCCAGGCUCUGGGCCUCAGCUGGCCCGGCCAGAACCUGGGGACAGCGCCACCCUCUGCGAGCAGUUGCGAGGACGGAAUGAGCCAUUAUGGAGGAAGUGUCCCGAUGCGUGAGUAGUCCUGGCCCUUCCCUCCCUGGCCGUUGAGGUCCGAUUGCAAUGCGGUCCUUCACCUAAAGGAGCAGAGCAGGAGAGAUGGGAGGUGGCCCCGGUGGCCCCUGUGCACAUGCCUGCCCAGCUCGGGGGGAGCUGUCACCGGCAGCAGGAGGGUUUCUCGGGGCAGGGGCCCGGCGGGGCCUCGAGGAGGCAGGGCUCAGACGGGGGCGGAAGGCGGAAGAGCGGCCUGAGCAGAGGUGUGAGGUGGCUGCGCGUGGGGCUGGGCUGCGGGAAUGGACGCCGAGGCCCCUGGCCUGGGCUGCGGGCCACAAGGACUGUCAGAGUGAGGACAGAACAGCACACCCACGGCUGGGCGUGGGUGAUUUUCUGUAGGUGGCAGGGGGCUGGGGACGGCAAGCCUCUGCAGGGACAGCCCCGGGGUGGGGGGUGUCGCAAUAAGUGAAUCGGGGGCCUCUCCAGGUGCCACCGCCCAGUGCAGGGGGACACGGGCAGGAGGGAACCACCCCGGGGGGUUCAGCACUCUCCCCCCAGCCCCGGGAGGGCGCCCAGCUACGCAGGCCAGGCCGGCCCAAGCACAGACCCCUUCCGGGGGACCCUCCCGGGAAUGCGCCGUGAAGGGAACGAGGAGAUGCUGGUAAGGCUGUUUAUCACAGAGACUGGGCCUCGGUCUGUAGUGGGCGACCGGAGAGCUAGGAGGACACCCCGACUGCCCUCCGUCUGGGCGACCUGGGCUAAGCUGGGGCGGCCUCCUCAGGCCUGCGGAGCCUGUGGAGAAGAGGAGAGAAUAGUCCCGAUCUGAUGGGCACGCAGGCCGUGGCUGGAGAGGGGUCCCCGGUCCCCCCGAGGCCUGGAGCAGCUGUCCCUCGAGUCCGCCCGCUGCUCUCUGCUUGGACAGGCUCCCCAAGAGCACCGACGGGGGGCUUGCUCCUGAGCCGCCUUAGCUCCAGUCCCAGCCCAGCACAGCUCAGAGGGAAGCCGGGUCUUCAGGCAGUCAGUUGGCAGCAGCUGAGGCAGCCCCGCUGUCUGCCUCCCGUCCUCCAUCCCUUCCGGCCCCUCUCUGCAGGAUGAAAACAGACUUUCUAGACGGGAAUUUUGCUGGGAAACUAAACAAAUUAGCUCUUGCUUCCCAAGUGCAGAGAGGUAGUGGGUCCCCAGGGCACCUCCCAGGGGUGCAAGUCAGGAGCUGGGUGGUGAGGGGCAGAUGCCGACUCUUGCCCCCUGGGGAGAAGGGACUACCCAGGAGGCAGGCACACCUGGUCCCCAGAGGAGCUCCAGGACUUGGGGCCCAGGCUCUGGCUCCCCACCCCCAGCACACAGCCGCCCCUCCCCCCUGCUGCUCGAAGAUGGGCAGGGUCCCCUGCCCAGACCAGCUUCCCAGCACUCCCAGACCUCGGGGCCUCGGGGCCCGGGGGCAGGGCUGUAACUGGCCUUCCCCGGGCAGGUGCCCUUCCAGCUGUGCUGGGGGUGCGGGUUGACGGGGUGGCUGUGGAGGGAAGCCCGUGGUCCCCGGGGGACCCGACCUCUUCCCUGAGGGAGGUGCCUGCGUAUGAGUGAAAGGCCCCCGUCCUGUGAUGCCAGGAGAAAAACAUGGCAGGCAACCGUGUCAGUGUGUCAAGAGGGCGAGGCUCGAUGAAGCGACUUCAUUCAAAAAGAAGACCUUGGAGUUCCCCUCGUGGCUCAGCGGAGACAAAUCUGACUAGUGUCCAUCAAGGACGCAGAUUAGAUCCCU